AUGGGGGAGGGGGACGAGGCUCCGGCUCACCCCGGGGAGUCCCCUGUGGAGGCAGAGGGCCCGGGGCCCGUCGCGGAGGAGCAGGCGGCCGGAGAGGAGAGGCCGGAGGGGGCCGAGGGCGAUGGUCCCCUUGAGAAGCCGGCGGGGGAAGAGGCUGCCGCGGAGGAGGGGGAGGCAGAGUCGGAACACAGAGCGGGCACCGAGCCUCCUUCCCCGGCGGCUGAGGGAACCCCCGAGGCAGAGGCGGCAGCCGCCCCAGAGGCGCCCACCAGCGCCAGCUUCACGGAGGGCGAGGCCGAGGAGCCGCCCCCGCUGCAGGUGGGGGAAGUGCUCAGCCCCCAGGAGAGCUGGGGGGAGGGGCGGCCCAGCCUGCCCCUGCUGGAGCUGGGCAGCCCGGAGGAGGAGGAGGAGGAGGAGGAAGGGGGGGAGGCGGCGGCGGCGGAGGAGCGGCAGCGGCAGCGCGCGGAGCUGACCGAGCAGUACCGCCUCCUGCUGGCCGAGCGCGAGCGCACGCGCCAGUACAACGGGCACCUGCAGUUCAAGCUGUACGAGCUCUUCCGCAAGAGGGGCGAGGAGCCGCCCCGCGCGGAGCUGGAGGAGCUCGUCUCCGACAAGGAGCACCGCUACACCCGCUACCUGGCCAUGCUGGAGGAGCUGAGGGGCCAGCUGGCCCAGCAGAGGGCAUGGUACCAGCUCCAGAUAGACGACCUGGAGCAGCGCUGCACGGAAAAGCUGGAGCAGGUGAACGCCGACUGGCUCGCCUUCCAGGCCUGCAAGAAGGAAGUGACCCUCUUCACCAUGGGGCGCCAGCUGGGGGGGAAGGAAGCUGCCAUUAAGGAGGUGGAGCACAUACAAGCCAAGGAGCAGCGUAAAGAGAAGGAGAUGAGUGAGGGCCGGUUGGAAAACAUCAAGCUGCAGCAUAAGGUUGAAAAGCUUGAAGCCAGCCUGAAAGCUCAAGAGGAGCUGGCAGAAGGACUGCACCUGAUAGACUAUGAGCAGCUGAAGAUAGAGAACCAGACCUACAAUGAGAAAAUUGAGGAGCGCAAUGAAGAGCUUCUGAAGCUCCGGAAGAAGAUCACUAACACAGUGCAAGUCCUGAGCCAGCUCAAAGAAAAAUUGCAGUUUGUAGAAGCUCAGAAUCAAGACCAAAGGGCCCAGCUGAUGGAGAUUGAGGCACUGGUGGCCCAGAAAAGAGAGAUUCUGACCAGAACAAAACAGGCUAGGGAUAGUUUACGGGUACAGAACCUGAAGUUGCGACAGAAGUGUGGGCUUCUUGGAAGUGAGGUACUGCUGCGGGACUUCGAGAACAAGGUGGAUGCUGCUGAAGUGCUAAGUCAGCAGCUGGAGAUGCUGAAACGUCACCAUGCUGGACUCACCCUUACUUGCAAAGCUAUAAAGAAAAAAAUCAAGGAAGCAAAAUCCUUUCUACCAGAAUGAGGAUUUUGGAGAAGAAAGUGAGGUUAAGACAGAAAAACAAAAAUUGAGCACUUAAAUUGGUUUAUUUAUCUCUGAAAGUGUUUUUCAUGUACAGGCUUGGUAUGUAGUAAAAGGGUGAAAUAUUCUCAAUUUCACAUCUAAUGAAAACUUUGUUUCCCAGGUUUUAAUAUUAUACAUUCCAUCAGGAGACUGCCAUCAAGUUAUGCCUUUUUCAAUGGCUCAUGAAAAAACCAAGCAUAUUUGGCUAAUUACUCUAUCAGAUAGAUAGAUAUUUUAAGUAUGCUUUUAAAAAACACACACACUGGCACUAUUCUAAUCACUGGCAGCAUCACCUUCUGGUGUAAGCAAAAAACUGCAAGUCAAAUGCCCUCAGAUUCCAGUCCUGGUUCUGCCACUAACUCACUGUGUGGCUUUGGGAGUCUGUUCCCCACAAUGCUAAAGUAGGUGUACUUACCUACCUGUGUCUCAGACAUGUUUUGAGGAUUAAUUUUUGUAAAGCUCUCUGAAGAUAUAAAGUGAUAUAGAUUGUAAAUAAUACAAUUUACUAGGAGCUUGUUUUAGUAUUAAUACAUAGCAGUUGUCUUAUAUUUAUAUGCACAAUACACUGUACAGGUGUUAACUAACCUAGUUAUCCUCAAGCUAUGGUUGGUGAAGCACCUGUGAUCUGCAGCAUCUUCCCUAUUGGUCUACAGAAUUAAACAGUUUGACAGCCAAGCAGCAGAGAGUUGAAAGGGAGAUCCAUGAAAAGUUCUCUUAUGAAGAUGUUCACAGAAUGAAAGAGCUGCAGAAUUAUGCAUGCUAAUUAAUCUUUAAAUCAUCCUUAUGAGGGAGUUAAUUUAUUGGCCACUGGUGGAUGAAAAAUCCUUGCAGAGGGCAGGAUUGCAUGCACUGGUCUAGUAAGUAAUGAGUGGCUAGUGAAUGACCUUUUUCUGGUUUCUAAUGUUAGAAGAAAUGUCUCUACAGCAGUGAAAUAAUGUGGGUCAGAACAGUGGCAGGGGGUUAUAACUUCAGUACUUAGUGAGCAAGAUGAUCAGCAGUAGUUUUAACAUUGGCAUUUAUAUACUAAGGCAAUAGACACCUUAGACAUACUUUACCUGGAGAUCCAACUCUCUCCUAACCCCAGUAAAUCAUGCUGGUUCAUUGUGGACUUAGUACAGAUCCUAAACUACACAAGUUGAUGCAAUAAGCAUAAUUAGACAUAUCAGUCUCAAAGUCUGCACACGUUCAACAUACAUCUGAGAAAUGACAGCAUCGUGAGGUUCUAAUUACAAAAUGAACAAAAAAUAUUCUUGCCUUCUCAGUAACAGUCCAGUGCACUAGAUCUUGGCAAACAAGAAUCAGCAAACUUAUUCUGAGUUUUCUUAGCUAAGAUAUAUAAAAGAGUAGAUUAAAAAGGAUUAAGAAGUUUCUAAAAAUGUUUACAACUUUUUUUUCUAAGUGAUCUCUGAAGUAGCUUUUCUGAAUCACCUUAACAUUGGAAAAAAAAUUGAUACCACACCUAAAAAAUUCUCAGUUGGGAGGGAGGAAUUGGGAUCAUGAUGGAAAGCUGGUCAUUUUAUUACUGAGAGCAUAAAAGGUUGAUCUUCUAUCCUGGAGAGAUGAGUCUCUGAAAACAAUCCUGCAUGGUCUUGGAACAGAUUAGAUGCCACAGUAUAUGUUUUUCAUCUUCUCUAAUUAGUUUGAUUUGAUGAUGUCCCUUAAAGUCUUUUUUUUUUUUUUUUUUUUGCAAAAUGGUUUGAGUCACAGCAAAACAAUUCAACUGUACUAAAUACCCCAUUUUUAUGUCUAUUGGUUUUUAGUGCUCUACUAAAUCUCCAGUAGUGAUGAGAGACUACAAAAUAGGUUGACUAAUUGGGGCAAAACACCACUACCCAGUUUAAUCUUUUCUCUCUUGCAGACACUAGCCAGAACAUGGAGACAUAUCAAUAAAUAUAGUGGCCAACAUCUUAAAUGAAAAAGGGAAAUAAAUUUAUAAAACCCUGUUUCUUUCAGGUUAAGCCUAGUUAACUCAGGCAAAUAGGUAAGCUCUUCAUCAGCUAAAAUUUUAAGUUAAAGAUGUCCUGUUGUGCAGUAGAGCAUCUAUUUGGUUUCCUAUUCAAUUGUUUUGGUAAAGAUUAAGGACAUAUGAGUAAUGGACUCCCUGUAACAGAAUUACACUAUCUACUUCAGCCUCAGUAUGAUGAUCAAGUUACAGUUCUCUCUCACCAUAGCAUUUAUGAAGCUUGCUCUAUUUUCUGUUGUACUUACUCUCCCACUACUCCAGAAGAGCAAUAUGUAUUAUUCCUACUUUUUGAUGUAUGUUCCAAAGCCCUACUAAUGUAGUUGGAUUUCCUUUAAAUAGUCUUCUUACACUUUGUUCCUUUUGUCUCAAGUGAAAAAAUAAAAUGGCUUAUGUGACACUU